AUGGCGUCGUUUUUAAUGGGAAGAAGGGCGAUCUUAUCACUUGGAGGUGCUGGGUCAUUAGGAUAUCUUGCAUAUCGUGCCGACAAAGAGAGUGUACAAGCGCGCCUAGGAACGACUAAUAUUCAUUUGAAGUACCCAGCUUCUGCAAAUUUCCCUGAACUCAGCCAACACAACAACACAAUGGCAAAAUGUCUUACCCCUGCCAUUUAUGCUAAAUUGAGGGAUAAGGCUACUCCUAAUGGUUGGACUCUCGAUCAAUGUAUUCAAACAGGUGUUGACAAUCCUGUUCAUCCCUUCAUUAAAACCGUUGGAAUUGUUGCUGGUGACGAAGAAUCAUACGAUACAUUUGCGGAUCUUUUCGACCCAAUCAUCGAAGAUCGACAUGGUGGAUACACGAAAGAUCAAAUUCACCCUACAGAUCUCGACGCAUCGAAAAUACGUGGAGGCAAUUUUGAUGAAAAGUACGUCUUGUCAUCACGUGUACGUACGGGUCGUUGUAUACGAGGUCUGAGCCUUCCACCUGCUAUUUCAAGAGCUGAAAGACGUGAGGUCGAACGAGUUUGUAUCGAUGCACUCGGUUCUCUAGAUGGACAAUUUAAAGGUCAAUAUCAUUCCCUUAGCAAUAUGACCGACGAGGAGCAAGAAAAGUUGAUCAAUGACCAUUUCCUCUUUGAUAAACCAGUGUCUCCGUUGCUCACGUGUGCAGGUAUGGCAAGGGAUUGGCCCGAUGGUCGUGGUAUUUGGCAUAACGCAAACAAAAAUUUCUUUGUAUGGGUAAACGAAGAGGACCAUACGCGUAUUAUCUCUAUGGAAAAGGGAGGAAAUAUGCGUGCAGUUUUCCAACGAUUUUGUGAUGGCCUUAAUAAAGUACAAGGAAGCAUUAAGCGAAAAGGAUGGGAGUUCAUGCAUAGUGAUCAUCUAGGCUACAUCUUGACAUGCCCUAGUAACCUCGGUACUGGCCUGAGAGCUAGUGUUCACAUCAAGCUUCCAAAUGUAGGCAAGGAUCCUCGCUUUGACAAAAUCCUAGAUUGCAUGAAGCUACAGAAACGCGGUACCGGUGGUGUCGACACCCAAUCCACAAAUGGUAUAUUUGAUAUAUCAAACUCCGACAGACUUGGAGUGAGUGAAGUUGAGCUAUGCCAGUUAGUAAUAGAUGGCGUGAAUACCCUGAUCCAGAUGGAACAGCGGCUAGAAAAGCGCAAGUCCAUCGAUGAUCUACUUCCGGCUAGUAUGCGUCCACAACGCAGAGGACGAUUUUCAUAAAUAUUAUUUAGCAUUCAAAUUCUAAACGCAGUUUAAACAAGUAAGGUCUGUUUAUCAAUCUAGUACUCGGCUACGCUUUAGAUUAUGACCUGGUCAUGCAAUUUCUCUCUACAAGAAUAAGUGAACCAUGCAAUCUCUUCUCUCCCUGAAUCAUG